AAAAUUAGGUUGGUAAUGUUCUCACCGCUGUUAGGUUGUCUUUUUCGCAGCACCACGACGGGUCAGCCAUUUUAGACUUACGCUGAGACCAGAGGACGUCGCCAAACCGUCCCAAUUUUUGCCUGGAGCAAGGGAACGGCAUUCCAUUGGUGAUUGCCAUGGUGUAUCAUAGGUCGGAUGGGGACACCACCCCUUCAGCCAGGGACCGAGCUCCACCCACUGCUCAGUCUAUGCCUGAAGCUCAUCAAGUAAAUGCUUUCCGCAACGAUGGGAGCUUUCUUGAAAUGUUCAAGAGAAUGCAGGAAGCCAAUUCAAGUGCAUCCUCAGGCAGUCCCAGUUUGAGCAAGAACUUACAGCCAGCAAAGCCAACAACCUCAGUCAGCCCAGUUAAAGCAGAAAGUGGACAGUCUGUGAUGUCUUCAGAUAGGGUUCAUCCAGGCCCAUCUGGAAAUCCAGGUUCAUCUGGAAAUGCCAGUAGUGGAGACGAGAGUUCAAAGGAGGUUGCCAAGCGAGCUCCUCUAGUCGGCAAGAGACGAGGUGGGCGAGUGUUGCCCACAGGUGUUGUGAAGAAGAAACGUGCUGAUGAGGAAGGCUCUGAAGAGAAACCCAAAGACGCUUGGUCUCUUUACAUGGCUGAAGUUAAACGAUACAAGGAAACUUCCUGUGAGGAGGAUGGAAAGACAAGACCUCUUGUGAAAUAAAUAUAUUAUUUUGCUUUAUGUAUGCUGAAACAGAUGACUAAUUUUAAGAUUGUUCUUAAGUGCUGUUGCUGGUUACUGGCAAUGCAAAUUGUUUGUUAUGUCGAUCUCUUUAAAAAUGUUAAAAUAGUUAAAUACAUUGUGGAAAUGUGGUUGUUUUGUUUUCUUCCCUGUUUCUGUGAGAUUGAGAAGAUGUUUUUCUUGUGUUGGUAAGUGAAUCCUCAUUGUUGGAGAUAAAAUCCAUCAUUGUAUGCUAGUUCAGUUCCUUUGGUCUAACUGCAGCAGAUAUGCAAUUUGUCAUUUCAAUCAGUGUAUGUAAGUGUUUUGUCAUCUGACCUCAUUAAAUGUACCAUUAUUCA